CUGAUCCUGACCAUAUCCCUGCAGAGGGGUGUGGUCAGGGCUGGCGUAAGUCCCGGGUUGGGACUCCCUUAAGAUCGCGACGCCGCCUUGCGGCUCAGACAGAGAAUGUCCUACGGACCCGCAGUAAGGGCUGCAGGGCAGUGCUUGCGCCAGUGGGGAGGGGACUCAGAACAGGGUGGCCGGUGAACACAGACAGGGCGCGCCCCUCCCAAGCUGCCCUUACUCAUGGCAGGAGAGCCGGAGCCAGAUCUCGGGGUGGCCGAGGGCUCGGAGGAGCAGACCAUGGAGAUGCCGAGCUGGAAGGCUCCGGAGGACAUAAACCCCCAGCCAGGAAGUUAUGAGAUCCGGCACUACGGACCAGCUAAGUGGGUCAGCACUUGCGUGGAGUCUCUGGACUGGGAUUCAGCCAUCCAGACUGGUUUCACAAAAUUGAACGGCUACAUUCAAGGCAAAAAUGAGAAAGAGAUGAAAAUCAAGCUGACUGCUCCAGUGACAAGCUACGUGGAGCCCGGCUCAAGUCCUUUCAGUGAGUCUACCAUUACGAUUUCCCUGUACAUCCCCUCUGAGCAGCAACCCGAUCCACCCAGGCCUUCAGAGUCAGAUGUCUUCAUUGAAGACAGAGCUGAAAUGACGGUGUUCGUGCGGUCUUUCGAUGGAUUCUCCAGUGGCCAGAAGAACCAAGAACAACUUUUGACGUUAGCGAACAUUCUGAGGGAAGAAGGAAAAGUUUUCAACGAAAAGGUCUUUUACACGGCAGGCUACAGCAGUCCUUUCCAGUUACUUGACCGAAAUAACGAAGUGUGGCUGAUUCAGAAAAGUGAGCCCUCCGUCGAGAACAAGUAAGGAAGCAAAGAAAUGAAGCAGGGGCAGACCUGCUGCUGAGUGCAGACAUUGAGAGCGCUCGUAGGCGACAUAAGUAGUGUUUUGGCUUGAGCGACCACUCUGCAUCAUGCUUAUUCCCAGUGUGCCUUUGUAAGUAGCUUUAUUUAGAUCCAGGACAUUCAGACACAUCUGUAAAUGGGUCCUAACUCAGGUGGCCUCCAUUUCUGAGAGGAUCCAGGACGAUGGACUCUGACUGGCGCUAUCACCGUUAUCUAGCCUCUCUCCUUCGCCUUACAGCAUCCAGAUGCCCUCCCUUCCUUCUAAUAGCAGUGAAAAUGGUAAUGAUGGAUUCUGCCUAGAAGUAAAUAUGUUGGCUACAAAGAUAACCCUCCUUGCUUCUGCUGUUGAGUUUUUCCAUUGGAUCCGUGUCCU